GAGCUAUUGCGUUUCGCCCACUCAGUUUGGCUACAACUCUGAAUCCGAUCGUGCGGAUCAGGAACCCCAGUCUUACAGUGGAGUACACUUUCUAGGGACAUUUUCAUUUGUUGUACGCUGCCGAACAACAGCUGGAAACUUGAAUCCACUUUAUUUUCGAAUUAGCUAUGAAUCUCAUACUAAUUUUAACCACACUUCUGCAUUUGGUUUUGGUGGGAAUGGCGCAGAUUUCGUCAUUAGUUGACAGGGACGAUAUUCGUCUGGUCAUGGAGAAAAUUUCGGGUGACGUAGUGCACAUUCGACCGGCUCGUGGCACUCUGGAGGACGAAACCGUUUCUUCCACAGCCAAUGCUGAGGCUCCCCGUCUCAGAAGCCAUCGAAAAAACAGCAAGCUGGAGCAUUCCCAGCAGUUGGAGGGGCACAAAUCUAGGAAACUAACAGUUUCCGAAAAUGCAAGUGUAGCCCCACAUCAAGACCAACCGAAGAAUAAACGAGGUAAAAACAAAAUUGACAAGCAACCACGACAAGGAACCAAGCAGCAAAAUGGAUUUGGCCAACACCAUGGGGGCAAGAAAACUGGAGGCAAGUCGAAGACUUCUGACAAUAUAGGGUCGACUUGCCGCUACGCCAAGAGCGCUUGGUCAAACUGUGAUGACAAAUCUCACAUGCGUACCCGAGUUCUAUCUCUUAAGAAGGGCGAGCCAAAUUGCUUGCCGACAAGGACUAUACUAAAGAAGUGCAAGAAAGGCUGCCGUUAUGAAAAGGGGACUUGGUCUCAAUGUAGCGCUGGGCAAAUGACCAGAGAGGAUAAGUUGCAGGCAGAGUCUGCCGGUGCUAGUGACCAAAACUGCGAUCCCAUCCGCACUGUCAAUAAGAAGUGCAAGGCAAAUGGCAAUGCUGGCGGGGUAAAAACACAUGGCCAGAAUCGUGGCACAAAAGAACGAAAACAUAAGGAGAGGGGUGAACGUCGCAUAUCGGGUCAAGAUGAAUGAUCUUUUAAAAUGAAUAAUUUUUUACAGUGCAAAAAGGUUAAAAGUUUUUUUGCAGUAUCUUGUAACACGUUUUAUUUAAAACCUUUAAAGGUUUUUCUACAUAAGUUUUUAAAUUUAAAGUGGUUUUUAUAUUGCUUGGCAAGAAGCGUUGACCUUAUGAUGAAGAAAAUGAAGAUCAAUAGAUAUUUGCCAAGAAUAGAACUUUAUGAAGUAUAAAAUGGUUGCGUAUACACAAUGAGUAAAUAAUUCGUGCUCAAUUUUUAUAAAAAGCUAGUUCUUUGUUUCUUAACAUAAAAAUCUACUGGUAGGCAAUUGAGCAUAUACAUAUGCUUAUUAUAAGUCGAAUAUAAUUCUGAAGUUCUCUUAAGUUGCCUUCAAAUUCGCUUGGACUAUGCGGUGUCUCUUGAAACCUACAGUAUUUUAGGUCCGCCUUCUGUCUAAAUAAAAUUAUUUUUGAAGUUCUGAAUGAACGAGAGAACUAUAUUGUAGUAAAUCGAUUACGGAAUAAAAAGCAUUAAAUACAUUUUAAGUUGGCUCUGAA